ACAGCACGUGAAUAUAAUAACAAGUAGUCUUUCUAUAACUACAUGUAGGUGUGCAAGAAAGGAGUCAAAAACAAGUUUGAGAAUGUCUUCUCCAGUACAAGAGUCAAUUACCAAUAUGGACCAAGCAGAGUAUUACGACAUCAUGAUCAUAGGACACACUGGCCAAGGCAAAAGCACGACUAGUGACAAGCUGUUGAUUGCAAAUCGAGAAGGUGUCCGAUGUACAACAGAUGUAAACAUUGUAACUGAUGAGGCGAAAAAACAGCUUCAGUGUGGAGACAUGACUCUGUGGCUGACAACAACGAGUGACUUAGAGAAGGAAGAAACUCGACUGAAAACCCUUGUGUUUGCCAGAACAGAUGCUAGCCCUCACAAUAAAAUCCAAGAAAUUCGAGGGAAUUUAGGCAAAAGCGAUGAUAAUCCAGGAACGAAGCAUUGCGAAGUGUUUUCAAACGAAGUCUCAAAAGUACGAAUCCUUGAUGUGCCAGGAUUUUUUGACGAAGAAUGCAUAACUGGUGGUCCGGACACCACAGUGGAAAGCGCUCAAUCAAAUGCCGUAGCUUACAAUCUGCGCAUAAUGAGAAAAAUCAUUCACAUCCAAACAGUCAUGAACAUGAAGUUUAAGCGUAUACUCUACUUUCUGCCAGUGCGAGGACCUUUGGAGCGAGCGAGUGGUGUACUUCAAUUGGAGCUGAGGGUGCUGACACACUACUUUGGGUCAUCAGUUAUCAGAAAGAUUGUGAUUGUCGCUACAAAUCCACCACGAAUGGGCAGGAUGCCAGAAGAAGAGGCUUUUCCGAACGAAGAUCAGGUUCAAACAAUGAAAUUUGUCAAUAGGAGCCUAAAAAAAUUGUUUCCAGACGUACAAUUUCCACUUAUUCCUCUCAUCUAUAUCUCCCAUGGCGAAACGUGUGAGUCAAUUCUUGACAAGGUGUUUCAAGCUCAAGUCGAUCGCGAAGAUUUACAGUUGCAAGUAGAUCCAGACACAUGUACUCAAUGUGGAAAACAAGUAGGUAUCGUCAACAACGAGAAAGUGGUUUUCUAUAUCAAUGGAGAGAACAAGAUUCCAAACAGUGAGUCUCACUGCCAUCCGAAGAUUGUUCCUGAUAUUCGUCUGAAGCACAAAGUGGCCAAUCUCUUUAUCAAACUGAUCACACUUGGCCGUCGCUCUUAUAGAUAUUACUAUGUCUUUGACGAGAUCUGUGCCGGAUGUCGAACGGCUCCUGGUGCUACCCGUGGCUGCAUGCAGGUGGGGUCUGCAUUUGUAUAUGACGGAGAAACAAUAAUAGUCGACCACAAGUGCAACGUGUUAGAUGCUGAGGAAGAAUUGCUCGUUACUCCACCAGCAGCUGAGAAAGAAUUGCCACCAGCAGCCAAACCAACUGCAAACAACUAACUAAAAAUCUACUUAGAUACUACACGUAUAGUAGUUUCUUGCCUGCAACGAAGUUUAGCUUGUGUUGGUUUUACUCACCCUGUUCUAUGCACAAUAGCGAUUUUUGUCACUGGCCAUUUGCCUCUUAUUGCUGUACAGAUGUCACUCAAUUGCUUGGUGGCCAUCGAUGUGUACGCCUCAUACUCUAACUGCACCACUUUUUUACCUGUAAAGCAAUUGUACUCUUUAGUAGCAAAUUGUGUUUUUAUUACGUACCUUUAAAAUUGUCUCUCGUCACUCCUA